AUGGCACUCAUCAAGGAGCUGCGGGAAAAGAGUGGCGCGCCAAUCAGCGACUCCUGCCUCGCCUCCAGCGGCUGGGCGCUCGACGCAGCGUACGACGCGCUGCGCAAAAAGGGGCUCGCGGCCGCCGCCAAGAGCGCCUCUCGGCACGCCGCCGACGGGCUGGUCGGCCUCGCGCUCGCUGGCAGCGAAAAGGCUGCGGUGGUCGAGGUCAACAGCGAAACGGACUUCGUGGGGCGCUCAGCGCUUUUCCGGCAGCUGGUGGGGGAGGGCGCGCGCGCGGCGCUGCGGCUCGACGGCGCCGCGGGCGGCGCGGCGCGGGAGGCGACCGGAGACGAGCUCGCAGCCCUGCCCGUCCCAAGCCCGAGCAGCUACUCGGACGACGCCGAAGCAGCCGGCCCCGGCAGCGGCGGCGGCGACGCGGCGCCUUUGGUCCCGCUGCCCGACGCGUGCGCUGAGGUGGCCGCGAAGGUCAGGGAGAACAUCAAGCUGCGCCGGGGGUUCGUGCUGGCUGCGGCUCCGGGCGGCGUGGUGGGAGGGUAUGUGCACAUGGCGGCCGGGCCGGGGCUGGGCCGGAUCGCAUCGGUGGUUGCGCUGGCGGCGCCCGGCGGCGCGCCGCUGCAGCAGGACCAGGCGGCGGCGGCGGCGCAGCUGGCGACCAACCUGGCGAUGCACGUGGCAGGGCUGCGGCCGCAGUACAUAGACCUCUCAGCAGUGCCAGAGACAGUGCUGGAAGCCGAGCGGCAGCUGCUGCUGGAGCAGGCUGCAGGCAGCGGGAAGCCGCAGGCCGUGUUGGAUAAGAUGGUGGCGGGGCGGCUUACCAAGUGGGCGCAGGAGAUGUGCCUGCUGGACCAGCGGUACCUCCUGGAUGACGCGCUGACGGUGCGGCAGCUGCUGCAGCAGCAGGGCGCCGGCAAGCAGGGCGGCGGCGGCGUCGGCGGCGGCGCGCUGGAGGUGACGGGGUUCUUGCGGGUGCAGGUUGGGGAGGGGCUGGAGGCGGCGGAAGGAGCAAAGGACUUUGCCGCAGAGGUGGCCGAGAUGGCUGGGGGCAGGAGCUGA